AUGGCUUAUUUGAUAAUACCUAGAGCAUUGAUAAUUGAAAGUCCCUUAAUCUAUGUAUUUUCAUGGAGGUAAUUGAUCAAUAAAUAUAGUAUCCUUGUAGUUGAGUCGUUUUAGAUAAAUUUGUCACCAAAUACAUCCAAGCGAUUUCCUAUAAAUAUAUUGCUAUUUACUUUUGGGAGUUUCGGAAGAAUAUUUGUCUACCUAUUCAUUAGCGAAUAUUUUGACAUAUCAAAGUUCUUGUUACUCAACUUAAUGAGCAUUUCCUUAAUUAUUUACAUUCGAUUUAAAGUAUUGCAGCAGGCAUACCACACGUACAUGGAAAUUAAUCAAAUGAAGAAUCCGUUCUAAUUGAAUGAAGAGUUCAUGAAUGAACCAUAAGUAGAUAAGGAUUGGGAUUUAUUGAUGAGUAGACAGGAGGAGGAUCUCAAGUAGUUGGAGAAUGAGAGUUAGGAAUAAGAGGAAGAGGCGAGUGAAAAUAGUUCAGAGAAGGAACAAGAGUAAGUUAAAUCUAAGGGACAGAAGAGUGAAAUCACAAAUAAAAAUUAACCCAUUCUUAAUGAGUUGAAAUAGGAGGAUUAACUUAAAAAUAGCAAUGUCAUUGGCAUUAACAAUAUAUUGGAUUUUAAAGUAUUCUAUUAUAAUUAUAUGAUUGCAAUUAUUGUGCCUUGUUUUAUGUGGGCAUUCUUUUAUUUCCCCAUCAAGUAAUUGGUUUCAGUGCUCAUCUUCAAUAUACUUUAUCUCACAUUUAUUUGGAUUCAUUGCAAGACUUACAAUUCAGAGAGAAGGAUUUUUGUGUUAAUUUACAAUAUGGAAAACGCUUAUUUACUCCUGACUGCCUAUUUUGACUCAGACUUUUUGUGUCCAUGGUGGAUGGUGUAUGAGUUGAUCAAAAUGGGAGAUAAGAAUUAUUAGAAGAAAAUGAGAUUGUCCUAAUAUUGA